GGUUUUCGUGGUCAAAUUAGUGAGGUAGACAACUUUCAGAGGCAUUUAUGAGCGGCUUUUGACAUUUCACACGAUAAUGGCUUCCCCUGGAAGUGAAGGGAGCCUGGUCCGCUACUUCUGCACCGCUGGUAAAGGGAUGGAGCCGUUUCUGAUUGACGAGGUGAAGAGGAAGCUCGCUGCUGAAGACGUGUGUCACAUCCCUGGUAAAGUGUUGUUCAGCUCUUCUGCAACAAUCGACAGAGUAAUUGGCCUGAAGUCUGCAGAGCGGCUCUUCAUUUUGUUGAAGCAACACUCACCUUUUAAAUUUUCAGCCCAAACCAGCCAAGCAAAAGCAGCUUCUAUGCUGCAAUCCAGAUUGUUGGAGGACAGGAAUCAGUGGAGCAGUGCUGUAAUGACAUGGAGCCGCCUGCAGGGGGAGAUGGCUGCCACCACGAAUACCACUAUCCAACAUCCAAGUAGUCCCCUAGGAGCGACAGGGAGGAGUGAAGCGGGUGAAAAGUGCCUGGUAGAGUCGAGAAAACGUCCAUGUGAGCACAAGGAGGAGGAGAGUCGGGACUACACAGUAAAAAAUCAACAACAAAAUGGAAUAAAGGCACAUGGAAAGAAAAUGAAGAUGGAUGUUGAGGAUGCAACUUUCGACUUAAGUGGUGAGAGAAAUGGAGAGAAAGUGGACCCAACUAUCGACAGGAGGAGAGAAAAAGAUGCAGACGCAGGGAUGGAUGUGGAGUUAAGCAACUACAGAAGUGACACAAAUGUGCAACGGACAAGUGGAUCAGUUUCUGAACUGACAACACUGGAGCAUAAUGUGGAAAGUAGCAGCAGGACAGCUGCUUCAGAAAGUAUGGAAACUGUGUCCUUCAGGAUUAGCUGCAAAUGCAGUGGAUCACUGUCCAGAUGCUUCACUACACAGGAAGUCAGCAAAAUGAUGGCAGCAGGUCUGAGCAGACUGCUGGGCUGGAAGGCUGAUCUGAAGAACCCACUUCUUGAGGUAAAUGUCCACUUGAGUGACGACUACUGCCUCCUGGGGAUUCCACUGACCAGGUUGCCUUUGGCGAACCGCAGCUAUAUUCAAACCACAGGACUGAGGUCUACAGUUGCCUGGGCCAUGGCCUCACUCGCUCAGAUACAGCCAGGCUUCUGUGUAGUUGAUCCCAUGUGUGGGGUGGGAACCAUCUUAAUCGAAGCUGCGGAGGAACACAAGGACACCUGUUUCCUGGGUCUGGACAUUGAUGAUGGACAGCUACAAAGGGCCACUGAAAACAUAGCAUUUGCACGGCGAGGAACCAGAAUACAGCUCCUGAAAGCCUCUUGUAUGGAGCUGCCUCUGCCCAGCAGCAGCGUCGAGGCUGUGGUCUGUGACCUGCCAUUUGGCAGGAAGUUUGGAACCAAGAUAAACAUGGCUGCCAACCUACCAGCCAUCCUCAGUGAAAUGGAGAGAGUCCUCUGUAUCGGUGGUACACUUGUGGUCCUCCUGAGUCCUCAGUUGUCCUGUCACCUGAAAAAACUCCUGAUACAAAACCACAGUGGAUCAACAUCUGACCAGGGAGUUGGACGUCAGGCCGUGAAACCAAACCGCUCACAUUCUGACGUGCCGUCAGAGCAGCAGGCCGUCAACGUCUGCCCAGAGGUCGAGUUCUCUCCCGCUGAGCUUCAAAACAGCCCGCCGGCCCGUCUGACUUCCCUGAAGCAUCAAAUGACUGUCAGACUCGGCUUAGGAGCAAUCGAUGGACUUCUACAUAAAUAUGUCAAAACACACAUUUGACCCACGUGGAAAUAAUUUUUUAGAGUAAUUAACUUGAUUUACCUGUCAUGGGUUAUUUUGAAAUGUUAUAGUUCACCAUAUGCUCUCUGUAACUGAGAGGUUUUUAAAUUGUGAAGUUUAUAAGCAAGUGUAUGCAUUCUGAGUUGUAUGAGGUAUAAAAGUGUUGAGUAAAACUAUUGUUCCAGGAUGUUUUUUCUCUUGUUCCUGUGAAAAUGUACAAUAAAAUUCUAUUUUUCUUUUCCUAUUUUCCUCUAAUGGCUGAGUAAGUUCCUGCUAUUUCCGGGAGUACAAUGUGUUCAAACUUCAGUAAAUAGUGUUUCUUGGAUAUACUUUUGGGUUAUAUAAAUACUGUGGCAAUAA